CUUAACUGUUCAUCGGUUGACUGUCUUCUUGAGAAAUACUACUUAUCAACUGUGUACUCACUAGAGUUUAUAUUUGGCAUUCUUGGGAAUGGCGUUGUAAUGUUUGGCUAUAUCUUUUGUAUGAAGAAAUGGACCAGCGGAAGUAUCUACCUCUUUAAUCUGUGUUUGUCAGACUUCGCCUUCCUCUGCACGCUCCCUCUAUUGAUUGAAAGUUAUGCCAAUGGACGCUGGAUCUUUAAUGAGAUCUUGUGCUACAGCAACAGAUACCUACUUCAUGCCAACCUGUACACCAGCAUCCUCUUCCUCACCUUCAUCAGUAUUGAUCGUUACCUGCUUAUCAAGUGCCCUUUUAAAGACCACAUAAUGCAGAAGAAACUUAUGGCAGUCACCAUAUCUGUUGGCAUUUGGUUUGUAGUUAUGUUAGAGAUUUCUCCAAUUCUAUUCUUCAUAGAACUGCGUAAUAACAGCCAGUGUCUCAGCUAUGGGAGCUCUGGGAUGGCCUCAUCCAGUCUCAUCUACAGUGUUUGCCUUAGCGUCACUGGCUUCCUCAUCCCUCUCUGUACCAUGUGUUUGUUCUACAGGAAAAUUGUUUCUUUUCUCAGGACCAGGAAUCAGCUGCUUACAACAUCCUUUUCUCUUGAGAAACCUCUUACUUUAGUGUAUGUGGCUUUGAUUGUGUUUUUUAUCCUUUUCACCCCAUAUCACAUCAUGAGAAAUGUAAGGAUCGCCUCGCGAAUGGAGGACUGGAAGCUGAGUAAGGAGACAAUGAUCAUCAUCAAUUCCAUUUAUGUCAUUACACGCCCCAUUGCAUUUCUAAAUAGUGUAAUAAACCCUGUGUUCUACUUUCUUAUGGGGGACAAUUUUAGGGAAAUGUUGUUGGCAAGGGUUCAGAACAUUCUUCGGGUAAUAAAAUGUCAAUGUGCCUAUAAAUUCAGCUCUAGUCAUCAGGAAACUAGAGACUAUAGCAGAGAGUCAUAUCAAUAG